ACGGCAAAGGACACUGACUUUGUUAAACUCACUGGAGCGACAAAAUAAAAUAUAAAAUGCCAAGUAGUCGACUAUAAAUUAAAAUUGAUCUCUCGAAUAUAAUCCGCCCACUUCUGUGUCGCUUGUUAAUGUAAAAGUUCCCAUAAAUGUGAAACGGUCCAUUCAAUUGCCAAAUAACAAAAUGUUCAGGAGCAAAAAUGAAGGAAAUGUUGUGUACAAAUGCACAGUUCGACUCCUUGAUGACUCCGACGUCCUAGAAUGUGAAUUUCAGCCGUUCCAUAAAGGUAUUUAUUUAUUGGAGUAUUUAUGUGGUGAGUUGGAAAUCAAAGAGAAGGAUUACUUUGGAUUGCGAUAUGUUGACUCAUCAAAACAAAGGCAUUGGCUUGACCUUUCCAAAUCCAUAAUAAAGCAAUGCAAGGAUCUGGAUCCCAUGUUAUUUUCGUUAAGAGUUAAGUUUUAUCCUGCGGAUCCGUUUCGAUUGACUGGAAAUGCACGAAUUAUGUUAUAUCAGCAACUAAAAAGAGAUCUCCGACAUGGUCGUUUAUAUUGCUCCUUGGGAGAAGCGGCAGCACUAGGUGCUCUAAUUGUUCAAGAGGAACUUGGCGAUUAUAACGAAGACGUGCAUAUUGGAUCUUAUGUAUCUUCCAUAGAAUUAGCCCUACGCCAAACAGAGUAUCUGGAAAAGAAGAUAAUCGAGCUGCACAAAAAGCGUGAGCCCGGCCAGGAUCUUUCCCUGGCCAUGGAUGAAUUUCUUGGCAUAGCCCGUGGACUGGAAACCUAUGGUAUAGAUCCACACCCGGUGAAAGAUCACCGGGGCUCGCAGCAAUAUAUCGGAAUAAAUAAUUCGGGUAUAAGCACAUUCGUAACUGGAAAGAGAUCGCAACAUUUCCGAUGGAAUGAAAUCCAUAAAAUAAACUUUGAGGGAAAAAUGUUUAUUGCACAUUUAAGUUACACGGAUGCUAGUCGAGAACCUAAAAAACAUACCGUUGGGUUCAAAUGUCCUUCUGGAGCUGCUUGCCGCUAUUUGUGGAGAUGUGCCAUUGAACAAAUGCUGUUCUUUACAUUACCCAAUAGCCAAAGUGCGGCUGUGAUUUCUGGCGGAGGCUUUUUCUCCUGGGGUACAAAAUUCCGAUACACCGGAAGAACUGAGCGUGAAAUUUUGACUGAAAACAUAAAUGCACUGCGGGAACAAAAGCUGAAUAAUUCUAAUUCGAGCAAACGAAAAGCCAGUAGUGUGCCAGCCACGCCUUCCAGCCCUCAAGGUGAUUUGGCCCAAAUACGGUAUAGCAGCCUGCCGAGAUCCACGAUGUCUGAACCCCUGGGAUAUGCCAUACCCAAUGGUUCUCACUGCUAUGUGGGGCAAGACCAUGAGGGCAACGGCGGGAUUCAAAUAUCCAGCCUGGAGCCAGUAUGCGAGGAGGCUCGCCUGCGAUCGUCAAACGUCGAUGGCCCGAACUAUCUGUCCACCCAGAUGGGUUAUGCCUACAGGGACUCCGUCGAGCACUCGUCCACGGAAAGCGGUCUUACGGUGAAUGGCUACGAUCAUCCGAGGAAGCAUGAGGCGAAGCAGCACGGAACAUGGAGCUCGCCAAACGCAUACUAUGGACACUCCGCCGAUGCCACCUUCAAUCCCAGUUCAACGGCGGAUCACUUUUUGCGAGGCGAUCCGUCCGUUCAGAAAGUGAAAAAGUUUCGAAAAUUUCACUUGUUACAUGCCUUUGUUCCGUCCGUUAUUUUUGUGGCUUUCGCAAUGGCCGGAACGGCCGUGUUCAUCAUGGAAUCCGAAUCGGAGGCCUUCGAGCAGCUGCGCAACUCCCCGGAAAUGCUAUGUCUGCGCUAUCAAUAUUAUCAGCCGCUGAAAGAUUUUGUUUUCGAGAAAUUCGGUCGGAGUAAAUAAGAGUGUUCUUUCGAUUUUCG